GCCACACCCAGAGUGCGCCCCGCCCUGGCAAAGUUGACUCAGACUGUAAGCCGACACCAGUCAAAGCAGGGAAAAAAAAGAAAGAAAAAAAGAGACUCGCACGAAGACGAAGCUGAAAGCCUGAAGAGAGCUGCUGCUGCUGCUGCUGCUGCAAAAGAAAAAGAAGACGGAAGGUCCCCGGUCAAACAUGGAGUUCUCUCUGAGGGUCGUUUUCCUUCUUUUUCUCCUCUCCGGAAGUUUAGCGCAAGACGGAUUCGACCUGUUUGAUGCCCUUGAUGAUGCAGAUCCAACACCUCCAAAACCCAAGGAGCAACCGAAGGCCCCAGAGCAACCUAAAACUGACGGUGGACUCGACCUUUCAGAUGCAUUCGGACCAGAUGAGAUACCGACCCAGAAACCAAAGAAACCAAGUUCUGGAGACACGGGAGACUUUGGAUUCGAUCUGGGGGAUGCUCUGGGUCCAGACACCAAGCCCGAACCUGACAAGCCUGCUGUCAAACCGCCGAGCAGUGGAGGAGGUGGUGGAACAUUUGGUGACUCCGACUUGUUCGAUGUCAGUGGUGGAGACUACAAGCCUGAAGGAGGCCGCCCAGGAGCAGAUGGAGGCGUGGACCCGGGCAAUGAUCAUCAGGGCGGCGCUGAUAAGCCUCAAGAUCCAGACCUUCCAUGGGGCCAAAUCCUGAAGAUGAUAAAUGCUAACAUGCCCGAGGAACUCUAUAUGUGGAUGUCCAACUUAAAGCAGAUGCUUACACCUCUGCUAGAGAGGGCCAUGGAUCUGCUGCGAGCUCUGCCAUGAGCCACCGGCCCGCUCGUGCUCCGAUUGGCUCUCGUGUCGGAGCUUGUGCUCGAUUGGUGCUUUACAAAUGUCUGUUGGACUCCACGUUUGACAAAAAUAUAGAGGGGUGUUUGAAAAGUCAGGAAUGGAAGUGACGUUUUUCGAGAUGUGAUCGCUGAUAGUUUGUUUUUUUUUGUUUUUUUUUUGGUAACAUUUUGGAUCCAGUGGCUCGGGAGUGGACAAAAUAACAGAAACACUUUGACAAUCAAAUAUGUUUGACCUAAUGGUCAUUUAUUAGAUCCAGAUUAUUUUGCCUUUUCUUGGAUUACUUGGACUUUUUCUGGUAACUGGGCUUCAGGGUGGGCUGAUAUUUAUAUAUAUAUAGCAGGAUUAUUGUCUUUCUGUUGUGGUGAUUUUUUGCGAAUAUGAUGUUAGGUGGUUCAAAUGUAUAAUUGUAUGUGUGUGUCUUUAUUCGAUCAUUUUUUUUUGCUGACAAGACAUGAAGUCCUGUUCAAUGUACUGUGUCAACCCGAGUCGGUGAAUGUGGAAUGUGGAGGGUCAAUGUUGUGGGCUGCAACAAACAAAUCAGAGUAUGGGAAACACCGGUACAGUACAUCCCCACAUGUAUCUGUACACCUGUAUCUCUACACAGCUACUUCCCACUACCACAAACAGUCGUCACUUGCAUGAAAGUAUGGAGCUUUGUUACACAUUUUGUCGAAAGGAGGCCCUAGAAUACAUUCAUUCUAACAUUAAAGGUUCAGUGUGUAGGAUUGAUUGGCAUCUUGCUGUAAUCCUCGCCUCACCCUCCCUCUCUAAGCGUGGUGGAGGUCUUCAGGUAACAUACAAAAAGCGAAAGCUUCUCUAUUUCGCUCUGAGCAACUGUAGAAACAUGGCAGACUCUGAGGAAGAGGACCUUCUCCUGAUUCGAAGGUUACACAAACACGGUUUUAGUUUUAGUGAUUAUACACAAAUGGGAACAUAACAAUGAAUAUUAUAUUCCAUUUCUGCCGAUAAAUGCAUCUAAGUCUAGGCCUUGAGUUGUUACAGGAUGAACCUGAGAUAUCUUUUGUUUCGAGUUUGAUUCAGCUUGACGCUGCAGACAGUCAGGGGCUUGGUGACCUCUGACCUCACCUCAACCUCGUGUCGGGUGUAGUAAUGUCUUCCCACAUUCUGUCUUGCAAGAGUGUUGGAAUCUCAUGGCGACUGAGGUUUGUCAUUCUUUGUUGUAGAAUUGUUGUGGACAAUUAAUGUCCAAUUUAGCGACAUACAUACACAGUAAAUAAAUACACUGCAUCUGUACGCUAGCCCCGUUUAAUUCAGGUCUGUUGUAUGGCGAAGUGUUUCUAUUAUUUUGUCUAUCAAGGACAUUAUUGUUUUCAUUUUAUUUUGGGACUCCCUGUCCUCCUCUCUCCUGUAACAUGGGCUAACAGCAGCUCGCUCCGCGGCUGUCAAAGUUUACCACUGUGCCCUUUGACCUCUGGCUGUCAUUCUUUUUGACACUGACAGCUUCGGGGCCUGUGCCUCAGCUGGAAAACCAACGAUGGAACAGUCAGUCAGAGCCGCUGCCUGCGCGCCACCAUCAGGUUUAUGUUACUAAUGCAGCGUAGAGUUUGUCCCGGGACUCUGGGCUUACCAGACGUCCUGUAUUUGGGUGUGUACACACCCAUGCAUGACUCAUUCGUGUGUUGUUGUUUGACAACAGUAAUAUUGCCAUGGAGCGCAAACUCCUUUUAGCUUAAUGUGUGGAAGGCAGCUCGGCACGUGUGUGCGUGAAUGGGAUACUUUACUGAAAAUGAAAUUCGUUUUUGUCCAUGUUGGCUGUUAGUCUCUAAACAAGCUCACGUGACAGGAAAUGCAGAGAGCACUGCUACUGGAUAAAAGCAAAGAUGUCUUCAGUAGUUUUAAGUAUCUACUGUCAGUUAACUUUAUAUAUAUAUAUAUAUAUAUAUGUUUGUGAGUGUCUGCUUCUUUGCGGUCUUCUCUUCAUGUGUGGACUUGACUCACCGUCAGUCCGCGGAUCCUCCACAGUCAGCAGACGUCUGCACACAUUCUUAGCAUUCCCAGCACUCUGCUGACGGAUCCAUCGUGCACCGGAGUAAACCUGCCCUGCUAACAUUGACGACGCUCCAGUUAUGUGGGGACGGUACGAACUUUUAGAUAUUUGAUCAGACGUUGUUUUUUUCACCCUUUUGGCACUUUGCGGCUUAUGGAUUUUUUCUCUGUGUACUUUGGUCACUGGCAGCAUAUUUAUUUUUUGGAAUGGGUUUUUUUUUCGUAGUUGAAUCUUCUCUCCUUCAUGUUUGUCUUUUAACAUUGCUUCAACCACUGCAGUGUAUGAAAGUCAUGACAGGUGUAAUGCAUAGUGAAUAAAUGAUGAAGGGUCAGCAAUCAGUGCACACAGUGUUUGGUUUAUGAUCUGUUUGGGGCUGCGGGACCCACUGGACUGUAUUUAUAUAAUGUAGCGCUUUUCAAGUCUUAUUGACCACUCAAAGGGCUUUACAGCACAAGACACAUUCACACACAUUCAAGAGCCGCCAGAGGCAAUUUUAGGGUUAAGUGUCUUGCCCAAGGGCACAUCGGCAUGCGGCCUUGGGGUCGAUGGGAUCGAACCGCCGACCUUCGGGGUUGGUGGCCGACCGACUCCACCUCCUGAGCCGCAGCCGCCCGACCGAGCAGAGUGAACAGCAGUGACUGGCUGAGAGGUUGUAGGAACCAGGUGAAGGAAAAUGAAAAAAGUGAAGUGAAAGAAUUACUUCCUUAAAAAAACGUUUAAAAAUAUUCACAAAAUAGUUCAAACAUUAUUUUAUGUCAGCGAAACCUGAACAAUACAGACAUCCCCAAAAUAAACCUCAUGGCACAGGGGUUUGAUAUAUUAGUCUGAAGGGGCCGCUGACUAGAGUACACAAACUACACAAUAAUAAUAGUAUAAUACUGUGCAGUAUAUGAUAGAAAUUGAGAAUGCCAUGCUGUGGCAUAAAAUGUAUGUUUUUUUAUGUGCUAUAAAAUAAAACUGUUUCUGAUAAUUA